AGCGAGAGAGAGACGCGCACAAACGCACACACCCCCUCUUCCCCCCCACAGUUCCCGGACUCAUCCUUGUAUUCGAGAGCCAGGCGGCCGUGCGAUUUAAAGCAGAGAGUCAGAAAGGUCCAGAAUGGAGCGUGAAAUCCCCGCGGUCGUGAUACUGGAAUUUCUUUGCGCUGUCUGACAAGGAGUGCCACUGUCUGGGAGCCGCCGGCAAGAGCACUGAAACCCUGUGCAAUCAAGACCAUGCCCUGUGUGAGGCCGAAGAUCUCGCUGACCCGGGCGCACUAGUGAACUGAUGCUGUACAGCAGACGCUGAACCAUGGGAAACAUAGAGAGCCAGAACGGGGACCACGCCUAUUAUGGCAGCAGGCAGGGCCAUUUGUCUCGCAAGCACAUGUCCCGGUCCCUGCGGCUUUCCAACAAACAGUCCAGACGCUCGCGGCACGCUUCCUCCGGGAAAGUGGAGCACAGGAACUCAGAGACCAGCACGCGCUCCAGCAGCACCCCCAGCAUCCCUCAGUCCCUGGCCGACAACGGACUGGAGCCCUUCAACGAGACCAACGUCCUGCCGGAUUUCGGGAGCCCCAUCUGGGUGGACCGCGUGGCCAUGAACCUGAGGCCCGUGUCCUUCCACAACGACCUGGCUGAGCCCUCGGUGGACAUGGACGCGGUGCUGGUGGCGGCGUCCGUCCCCGGCGUGCAGGACGGCCAGGACGGCGGCGUGUACACGGGGGACGUCACCUACCUGCAGAGGACGAGUGACGGGCCGCGGGAGAGCGUCAGCUUCAAGAAGAAGAGGUCCAAGUCGGCGGACAUGUGGCGGGAGGACAGCCUGGAGUUCUCCCUGUCGGACCUCAGCCAGGAGCACCUCACCAGCACCGAGGAGAUCAUCGACACGGCCGACGAGAAAGACUUUGUCGACUGCGGCGGCCGCCUGCAGUCCAGCCCUGAGGGUCUCGACCAGCUGGACGCUGGUGACAGGUCCAACUCCCUGGAUGAACUGUACGACCAGAAGAGCCCUGCCUGCAGAGUGACCCGCAACCGCUUCACCAAGUACUCCCACGAAGGCGGAAGGGUCACUGGACAGGGCAACAAUGGCAAAAUGCUGUCGCCCCCCGAGGAUGAUGGGAACACUUAUGGCGCCUACACCCUCCCCUGUCGCCGUUCUCACUGCCUGUCGGAGGGGCUUCCCAGCCAGCAGAUGGCGCUCUGCACAAGUAUGCAAGGUCGAAGGGCACAGACUACUCAGGAUGUCACGGCGGGGGAAGGCAGCGAGUACGGGGACAGCGGCAUCGACGGGGUGACGGCCGAGACCGAGCACCAGUCCCGGCGCUACAAGACGAUGUCGGCGUCCUUCUCCGUGUGCUCGGCGGCGGGCCGCAGCGUGUUCGCCGGCAGCGACAGCGGCAGCAGCAGCGGCGGGGGCGGGGCGGCCGAGGCCGCCCAGGGCGUGUACGAGAACUUUCGCCAGGAGCUGGAGAUGAGCUCCUGCCAGACGGACUGCCUGGAGGAGGCGGGGUCGGCCGUGAGCGACGAGCAGAGCAGCGGCACCAUGAGCUCCGCCUACCAGUCGGAUGCGCUGCUCGGCACGGCCCAGGGAACGGUGCGCAAGGCCGGCGGCCUGGCCGUCAAGAACUUCCUGGUGCACAAGAAGAACAAAAAGGUGGAGCCCGCCACGAGACGCAAGUGGAAGCGCUACUGGGUCUCCCUGAAAGGAUGUACUCUUUUCUUUUAUGAGACGGAUGGGCGGUCCGGGAUUGAUCAUAAUAGCGUUCCAAAGCAUGCAGUUUGGGUGGAGAACAGCAUCGUCCAGGCUGUCCCAGAGCACCCCAAAAAGGACUUUGUGUUCUGUCUCAGUAAUUCACUCGGGGAUGCCUUCCUUUUCCAGACCUCCAGCCAGACGGAGCUGGAGAACUGGAUCACGGCGAUCCACUCGGCCUGCGCCGCGGCCGUGGCCCGUCAGCACCACCGCGAGGACACCGUGCGUCUGCUCCGCACCGAGAUCAAGAAGCUGGAGCAGAAGAUCGACAUGGACGAGAAGAUGAAGAAGAUGGGCGAGAUGCAGCUGUCGGCCGUCACCGACACCAAGAAGAGGAAGACCAUCCUGGAGCAGAUCUUUUUGUGGGAGCAGAAUUUGGAGCAGUUUCACAUGGAUCUGUUCCGCUUUCGCUGUUACCUGGCCAGCCUGCAGGGCGGCGAGCUGCCCAAUCCCAAGCGCCUCCUGGCAUUCGCCUCCCGCCCCACCAAGCUGGCAAUGGGCCGCCUGGGCAUCUUCUCCGUCUCCUCCUUUCACGCGCUGGUGGCAGCACGCACAGAGAGUGGCGUGAGACGGCGCACGCAGCUCAUGUCCCGCUCGUCCAGCAAGCGCAAGAGCAGGUUCUCCUCCCUCUGGGGGCUGGACACCACGUCCAAGAAGAAGACCAAGGGCCGGCCCAGCAUAAAUCAGGUAUUCAUUGGUGGUGAGGAGUCCCUGAAGAACGCUCUGGAAGGCAUGUUCGAGGACUCAGCCAGGGAGAGUGUGAAGGAGAAGGAGGGGUCACUGAAGAGCAUUCCCCACCACAACACAGACAAUGAUAUUUGGGUUCCUGACUACCUCACUCCUUCCUGGGUCUGCCUGCCCAACGACCAGCCAGUGCUAGCCAUCGUCCAGCCUGGGGAGUCUGCCCUGGACACCCUUGAAACCGUCUGCAAGGCCCACCAGCUGGAUCCUGCCAAGCAUUACCUGCGUCUCAAGUUCCUGAUCGAAAACCAAGUGCAAUUCUAUGUCCCCAAACCAGAGGAGGACCUGUGUGACUUGCUCUACAAAGAGAUAGAAAUUUGCCCUAAGAUGACUAAACUCAUACAGUUUGACCGUGAUGAAUCUUGUGCAAUUGGUUACGGCUUCUCCAUCUCUGUGCUGGAAGAGGAUGGCGUGCAGCAGCUCUACAUCACCGAAGUGAAGGCGGGAGGAUUAGCCUUCGCCAAAGGUCUGAAUGCAGGAGAUGAGAUCCUGCAGCUGAAUGGGAAGGAGGCCAGCUGUUUGAACUUCUCAGACAUGAAGGCAGCCUUCUCUCAGAUCUCCCUGUCUCUGAUGGUUAGCACGCUACCAGCCCUGGACCGCCACCAGAUCUGCUACCUGCCCCCACGCCGGUCUAAUGGAGAAGACGAGCUCUGCACUGACAUAUUCUCCCAGAGCCAGGAGGACAUCCUGGACGAUGGCAUUGGCUUUGGUCUGGUUAGCUCGGGGGAUAGUCUUGAUGAUGAGUACGAGAUCUUUGGAUACACUGAAGAUGCCUCGCGGAGGAGCAAGCGCUCCUCCGACUCCAUCUACGACAUGCUGCACCUGAGCACGGAGCAGGUGGCCGCGUUUUGCCGCAGUCUUCAUGACAUGAAUCCCUCGGAGUGCGCCUCCUCGCCCAGCCCGGACUCGCCCCUCCCACCGCCCGCCACCCCGCGCCAGCUCUCCGAUGCCGACAAGCUCCGCAAAGUCAUAUGCGAGCUGGUGGAGACCGAGAGGACCUACGUCAAAGAUCUUAACUGCCUCAUUGAAAGGUACUUAACGCCACUGCAGAAGGAGAGCUUCCUUACACAGGAUGAGCUGGACGUGCUCUUUGGGAACUUGGCCGAGAUGGUUGAAUUCCAGGUCGAAUUUCUCAAGACUCUGGAAGAUGGGACAAGAUUGGUUCCAGAUUUGGAAAAGCUGGAGAGAGUGGAUCAGUUUAAGAAAGUUCUCUUCUCGCUGGGUGGGUCCUUCCUGUACUACGCUGAUCGCUUCAAGAUCUACAGUGCUUUCUGCGCCAGCCACACAAAAGUCCCCAAGGUUCUCGUGAAAGCAAAGACGGACCCUGAUUUCAAGGCCUUCCUGGAUGCCCGAAACCCAAAGCAACAGCACUCGUCCACCUUGGAAUCGUAUCUGAUCAAACCCAUCCAGAGGGUACUGAAGUACCCCCUCCUGCUGAGAGAGCUGUACUCCCUCACAGACCCAGACAGCGAGGAACACUACCACCUGGAUGUCGCAGUCAAAGCCAUGAACAAAGUGGCCAGCCACAUCAACGAGAUGCAGAAGAUCCACGAGGAGUACGGCGCCGUGUUCGACCAGCUCAUCGCCGAGCAGACGGGCGAAAAGAAAGAGGUUGCUGAUCUGUCAAUGGGUGAUUUGUUACUGCACACCACUGUAACCUGGAUCAACCCACCAGCCUCCUUUGGGAAGUGGAAGAAGGACCCAGAACUGGUCGCAUUUGUCUUCAAAACUGCCGUGGUGUUUGUGUACAAAGAAUGCUCCAAGCAGAAGAAGAAAAUAGGUGGGUCCCAUCGUGCCUCCGUCUCGGACGAGAAGGACCCAUUCCGCUUCCGUCACAUGAUCUCCACCGAUGCCCUCCAAGUCCGUGCCCUUGCCAGUGCAGAUGGGGAAGGCACUGCGAUGUGUGAGAUUGUUCAUGUGAAGUCUGAGUCUGAGGGAAGGCCUGAAAGGACAUUCCAUUUGUGCUGCAGUUCACCUGAGAGUAAGAAGGACUUCCUGAGGACUGUGCACUCCAUCCUCCGAGACAAGCAGCGAAGGCAACUCCUCAAGACAGAGAGUUUGCCCCCCAACCAACAAUAUGUCCCUUUUGGAGGGAAGCGUCUGUGUGCCCUAAAAGGCGCAAGACCUGCCAUGAACAGAGCAGUUUCCGCCCCAACUCGGACUCUCGGGCGGAGGAAGCUGGUCCGCAACCGCUUCACCAUCGACACGGACAUCGUGUUCGACAGGGAGCCAAACAGGGACCCCGCUGCGCAGCCGCCCCCGUCCCAGGAGCCUCAGCGGCAGGAGCAGCAGGCCGUCCUGGGACCAGGGGACACUGACCGCUGGGUGGAGGAGCAGUUCGACCUGGACCAGUACGAGGACCAGGAGGAGGUCAAGGAGACGGACAUCCUCAGCGAUGACGAGGACGACUUCUGCGAAUCUGCGAAGGGGUCGCUGGAGGAACCUGAGCUGGAGGAGUCUGAGCUGGAGGAACCGGUCAGUGCCCUGUCUCUGGAAGGGGAGGCACAGGCGGAGGAAGGGGGCCAGGGAGAGGGCAGUGUUGAGGGGGAGGAAGAAGGGGCAGACAAGAGUGGGGGGGCGGGAAAUGACAAGGGGGAUGGCAAUGGAGAUGAUGAGGGGGCAGGGGAAGGGGAGAUCUCAGAGAACAAACAGUCCCAAAGCUCAGAGGACACACGUGCUGUCAAGCUGUCCCAGCUGAAGAAGCAGUGCGCCAUGUCUGGGCUGAACGGGACGCUCGAAGGGUCCACAGAGGAAGAGGUCAUCUGGGUUCGCAGGGACGAUUUCCAGCGCAGCCAGGACAGCGACAUCUGAGGCUGAAGGCGACGCGAGACGAAAUGAGCAAAUAACCCGGCGCCUCGUUCACUAAGCUUUAAAAGGGGCUCCAUGGACAGGCCUCCCCUCCUUAACCCCAGUGUUCCCUCGCAGGGAGUCCUCAGCGAGCAUUUCCGGCUGUCCUUCGCUCAGUAAUGAAUGGCCUAUUGAAGUGAAAAAGACAUCGCAAUUCAGACACUCAACUUCUUGAUCGAAGCAAUAAAGAGCCGACACGAUCUCAUUCCAGUCACACAUUAAUGCAUUGAAGUCAAUUUUUAGCUUUGCGAGAAGGACUUGACUGUACAAUCAUGGUAUUUAAUAGAGGAUUGGGAUGGGCUUGGUUUGCACAUGGGCUUGGGCAGCUACACUACUUGGACUGCGAAUCUUUGCCAAAUUUAUAUUUUAGGUAUAAAAGACUUAGGAAUUUUUUGAGAGAGAGAGAGUUACGGAAGUUGUAUGAUACUUAAGGGCUGUAUGUUAUUUAUUCUGGCCUUUGUGGGCUCUCGGGAAAGAAUGGUGUAAAAAAUACUACAAGAUUUACUGUACUUGUACAUUGUGUUAUGGCUGUGCACAGGUGAAUUUUUAGAGCACAACAAUAUCAUAUGAAUAUGUAUAACAACUUUUCAAAUUUUUAUUGUGUUUACAUCAUGUCACACUCUGCAGUAUUAAUCUUUAUCACA